AUGUUGAAACCAAGUGCGGAGUAUAACCGAAGAGCCGCGAUUAUCGAAAGUGUUCGCGCCGGGCGCUCGGCGACAGAAAUCAUUCGGUUCUUCGGGUAUCCGAGAUCGACUGUGUAUGAUGUCAUCGCAAAGUACCAUGAGUCGGAGAAGCCCAACGAAGGUUCUGCAACACCGGUGAGGAAAAUCCACUCGAACGAGCGCGUUGUCAUGACGCCCGACAUCAUUCAAUGGGCUCAGGAGCUGAUUUUUGAGGAUCCAAGGCAGUCGAUCCGAAAAUUGUCGUCGGUUGUUGGUGUGAGGGAGAAAACUAUACGUCGAAUCGUCGAGGAGGACCUUCGCUACAAGUCUUACACAAUUAAACUGAGACAGAUGCUUUCCGAAGCCGCUAGGACAAAGCGAGUUGAACGCUGCAACCUGCUUUUGUAUUCCUUAAAACACAAUGCUGCCGGACGACUCAAGUUUUUUUCUGACGAGAAAAUUUUUACUAUGGAUGCGAAAAUCAAUCGAAGGAAUGACCGCUGGCUCGCCCACAACCCUGAAGAUGUCCCCAUUGGUGCAAGAACGAAAUUUCCGGCGAAUGUUCACGUGCUAGGUGUUGUGUCCAGUGAGG